UUGGGGGACUCGAUUGGGAUACAGCCUGCUUUUUGGAGCAACGUGAGCCCAGAUUUGAAACUGGAUGGCAUUAGAAGAAAAUGUCUCAAUGGAGACUCAUUGAUAAUAUUUUUGUCCUGUUGCACUCUCCAUUUAUUCCAAUCUAAUAUGUAAAUGAGGUUUUAUUAGACAAGAUGAUUGAUAUAUUGUAAUAAGUGUGUGCAGUUGAACAUGGAAGUCAACCCUGAGUCCACUGAUUCACCUGCUAUGGUUUUCUUUGAUUUGGAGACUACUGGCCUUGGGCCCUCGUGUGACAUUGUUCAGCUCGCAGCGGUGAGCGGUCAUCACACUUUCAACCUCUUUAUGGUUCCUCGGUGCAGGAUGGAGCCUGGUGCUUCCAGGAUUACGGGCUUCAGAGUACGUCGACAUCGACUCUUUCGCCACCGCAGGCCAGUGCUCACCAAUUCGCUCAAGGAAGCCCUGGUGUGCUUCAUCACCUUCCUUCGCAUGUUUGGACGCCCUCUGCUGGUGGGUCACAAUAUCCGCAGAUUUGAUUGCCUUGUCCUGGCUAGAGUUUUGGACGAGUUUGACCUAAAAGCAACCUUCCAGGAUGGAAUCUUGGGCUUCCUGGACAGUCUCCCAUUGACCCGGCAGCUUCUGAAGGACAGCGGCGUUCAAAGCUUUAAGCAGGAGAACUUGGUUAAGACUGUGCUUGGUGUUUCCUAUGCGGCCCACGAUGCCUUGAGUGACGUCCAGGCCCUGCAGAUGCUUUAUCGUGCUCUAAAACCAGCAGCCAAUCAGAUUCAGCGGCACACGUUCAGCUUGGACUCGUUGUUUAGCAAAAAAACGAAAGACUGAACGAGAGUUUUUUGCUGGAUUCAAAUGAAUGAUCCGUGUAUAACUCGUUUCGGAGUUUCACUUUGUUUUUAAGAAUAUUUAUUGAAUUCCUAUAUUUAAAUAAAUGUUUAUUUAACUACAA